UGUCCAAACGACUUCCUAAACAAGACAGGUGGGAAAACGAGCGGCGCUUCCUGAAUGUCUUGUAGAUAGGCCAUAGGCCGAACUGAAGCAAUCAAGGAAACCAGAAAGGAUUAGAAAUGGCAGGAACGGCAACCGCCACAGCGAAAGCGGUGGCACUCAUAACAGGAGAACCCAAUGUUAGAGGCUCUAUUCACUUCGUCCAACGCCCCAAUGGCCCUACCCAUGUGACAGGGAGGAUAACAGGCCUAUCUCCAGGUCUUCAUGGCUUCCAUAUUCAUGCUUUUGGUGACACCACCAAUGGCUGCAAUUCUACUGGACCUCAUUUCAAUCCAUUCAAGAAGGACCAUGGAGCUCCAACUGAUAAAGAACGUCAUGCGGGCGAUUUGGGCAAUAUUGUUGUUGGGCCAGAUGGAAUUGCUGAGGUUUCAGUUAAAGACAUGCAGAUACCGCUGAGUGGGCCACAUUCAAUAUUGGGGAGGGCUGUUGUUGUACAUGCUGAUCCUGACGAUCUUGGAAAAGGUGGACAUGAACUUAGCAAGACUACUGGAAACGCAGGAGCAAGAGUUGGAUGUGGCAUUAUUGGACUUCACUCAUCUGUUUAGGAUUGAUCGAUUUAGCUAACGAGACACCUACCUUUUUGUGAAAAGAAACAAAAAGAAUUUCCUAAGUUUUACUGGCCUAAUCCAAAAUACAUGCCUGAAAUUGUAGUGUCCAAAUAAUGUAAUCUUUAAAUGUACUAAAGGAAAUCAAAUGUUGCCAGAGCCUCAGCAAAGUGUUCACUUCUUUUUCGCCCUCUCAUCUUUGCUAUGAGAGUAGAAGUUGGAAUUCUCUCAUCUUCUUUUCCAAUUGUACGUUGGAUCUUUAUUUCUACAUCUUUUUUGGCUUCA